AUGGGGCUCGGAGUGUGGACGGUGGAGACUGCGCCCACGGGCCGCGCCGGCACCACGGGCUGUUGUUCUGGCCGCUGCUCGCUCAUCUUCCUCUGCACUUUCCAGCUGGUCACCACCCUGGCGCGGCAGGUGUUCGACUUCCUGGGCUACCAGUGGGCGCCCGUCCUGGCCACCUUUGUCCACAUCAUCAUGGUCCUCCUGGGGCUCUUUGGCGCCAUCCAGUACCGGCUUCGCUACCUCACAGUGUACGCUGCGUGGGUGGCCGUCUGGGUCACCUGGAAUAUUUUCAUCACCUGCUUCUACCUGGAGGUGGGGGGCCUCUCCAAGGACAGUGAGCUCCUGACCUUCAACCUCUCCAGGCUUGGGGCCCCCUGGCGGCCAGGCCCUGGAGCACGGCUACAUGGAGGCCCUGCAUGGCGCCCAGUGCCCUGGAGGCAGUGGGGGCCGGGCGGGGACCACUUCCUGGCCCCUGGGCCCGGGGGCCUGGAGAGGGAGCUAGAGGCCCAGCUCCCCCUGCUGGCCGCCCUCCUCUCCGGUGGUGCUGCAGGUGGUCACAUUGAAACACACCGGGACGGGAGCCAGCCCCAUGGCUUGGACCUGAGCGGAGGAAGAAGAGCAGGGAAGCGGGACGCGUUUUCAGCACCACGGCCAGCUGCCGACCCUGCUCCUUCCCCGCGGGAGGCCGCCCCCAGGCACACGCAGGCACACGCAGUGGGCUCCAUCUACGCCUGCUACGUGGUCAGUGUUCUCACUGAGGAGGAAGACAGCUUCGAUUUCAUCGGUGGACUCCACCCGUGUCCUCUCCACCGUGUUGCCGAAAAGCCCUCCAGCCUCUCGUUCGAGCAAGCGCACUGGCACGUGUGA